AUGAAAAUACUGCGAGCUAUCCCAGAUGUUACAAGGCUAACUAGUCGAAUAAUAAGGAUUCUAGGAUGUAAUCCGAGCCCUAUGACACUACAAGGCACUAAUACAUAUUUGCUGGGUACGGGACGAAAGCGUAUACUCAUUGAUGCUGGUGAAAAGAAUGUACCGGAGUAUCUAAAUAACUUAGCAGACGUUGUGCACUCUGAACAAGUUGAUAUAGAACACAUAGUUGUCACACAUUGGCAUAAUGAUCAUCUUGGUGGAGUUGAAGAUAUAUAUGGGACAAUUGCCAAUCAACCAAAGGUAUGGAAGCAUAGAAGGAGUGCAGAUGGUGAUGCAAAGAUUCAACUAAAUGAGGAUAUAACAAUAGAAUGGCUUUCAGAUGGCCAAGAAAUUGAAGUAGAGGGAGCCACUGUCAAGAUCCACCAUACUCCUGGCCAUACAUCGGAUCAUGUAGCCCUUACAUUAUUAGAAGAAAAUAUACUCUUUAGUGGAGAUUGCAUACUGGGUGAAGGAACAUGUGUCUUUGAAGACUUGUGUGCCUAUAUGGACAGUUUGAAUAAAAUAUUAGAUUUAAAACCAGAUGCAAUUUACCCAGGGCAUGGAAAUAUUAUAGAGGACCCAGCAGUGACAAUAAAAUAUAACAUUGACCACAGAAAUGAACGGGAAAACCAGAUACUUGAUACUUUAAAGGUACAUUCUGAUAAACAACUUAAUGAAAUGGACCUAGUAACAUUAAUAUAUAAGACGGUUCCAGAAUAUUUAAAGAACGCAGCUGCAUACAAUGUUAAUCAUCAUCUGAUAAAAUUGACCAAAGAGAAUAAAAUAAAGUGCUGCACCAUUGAUGGAGAAUAUAAAUGGCAGUACAUAGCUCCACCGUCCAGCAGUUUGUAA